GAAACAGUCAGAAGAAAGCAUAUAAUUAAAAACUAUAAAAAAAGAAAAAAACAUUGGCCAAUUGAAAACAAGUUGCUUAGAAUUUGCAAGUGUAUAACAUAACUUAAAUGUGAAUCGCCCCUUUAACAUCACCUGGCCCUAGUGAGCAUAAAAUAUUUACUUUCUUGGUCAAAUUGGGAAAAGAAACUCUUAAGAUGGCAGGUACUGUUGGCAACCACGAAAAAUUUCUUUUUUUAAGUUCCCUGCCACAAUUCGGAGCUCUGAGCAGAAAUUAAAAAUUAGCUUCUGAUACAAUAUUUGCAGCUGUGGCUUCUGAAGGCAACAAAGUAGCAGGUGUGAGCAAAAACAAAUCUUGAGUGGACCGGCCGCAACAUACUAGCCACUUUACAUUGAGUUAGGCCGUCUCUGCUCGUCGCUCUCACAAGGAAGCUACGUUAUGCGUCACUGCGCUUACGUGAAGUCGUGACGCCAUUAUCGCGUGAUUACACUUGCGGCAUCGGGAUUUUGUGAAAGACAGGAGGGGAAGUUUUUAGUUAACAGGUACAUUGCGAUCACAACAUUAUAUUAGACUGGAAAACCUGUAACAUUAUGCUGUAGAACUGAGAUACAUAUAUUUAUCUGGAGUCUGUAAAGCCAACUUACUGGGGGGUUGAACCCCUCUGGGAGCCAAUCCCGGUACCCUUCUGUUUCAGUUAUUGUUUUUUGUGCAGUCAUGGCUGCUCCUUCUCCUACAAAAACAACAUGGAAGCUGCAAGAAAUUGUUGCCCAUGGAUGCAGUGUGUCUUCUGUGGUUUUGGGGAGGAGUUCUGGUCGUUUGGUGGCCACAGGAGGAGAUGAUUGUCGUGUUCAUCUCUGGUCUGUUAACAAACCCAACUGCAUUAUGAGUCUAACUGGACAUACUACUCCAGUGGAGAGCGUGCGCUUCAAUAACUCUGAAGAAUUAAUUGUGGCUGGCUCACAGUCUGGAUCUUUGAGAAUUUGGGAUUUAGAAGCAGCUAAAAUUCUGAGGACACUAAUGGGACACAAAGCCAAUGUCAGCAGCCUGGAUUUUCAUCCUUAUGGGGAGUUUGUAGCAUCUGGGUCCUUGGACACUAACAUAAAACUAUGGGAUGUGCGGAGGAAAGGCUGUGUUUUUCGCUAUAAGGGUCAUACACAAGCCGUACGAUGUCUCCGUUUCAGUCCAGAUGGAAAGUGGUUAGCAUCCGCUUCAGAUGAUCAUUCUGUAAAGCUUUGGGACCUGACUGCUGGAAAAAUGAUGGCUGAAUUAUCAGAACAUAAAGGACCUGUUAAUAUUAUUGAGUUUCAUCCCAAUGAGUACCUUUUGGCAUCUGGAAGUGCAGACAGGACUGUACGCUUCUGGGACCUAGAGAAAUUCCAGCUGGUCGGUUGUACAGAGGGAGAAACAAUUCCUGUAAGGGCAAUCCUUUUCAGCAAUGAUGGUGGCUGCAUUUUCUGUGGAGGAAAAGAUUCAUUGCGGGUAUAUGGCUGGGAGCCAGACCAGUGCUUUGACACUGUUCCUGUGGGGUGGGGCAAGGUUUCAGACCUGGCCAUCUGUAACAAUCAGCUGAUUGGAGUCUCCAGUGCCCAGUCCAAUAUCUCUUCAUUUGUGGUUGACUUGACUCGAGUUAAAAUGACUGGCUGUGCCCCACAAGGGCCUGUUCCGGCAGAGAUUCCCAUCAGCCAAACCGCUCCAACUGGAACCUCACUAAGGCGAAUAUAUGAACGUCCCUCUACUACCUGCAGCAAGCCAAAUAGGGUAAGCCCUACCAGUGAUGAUGAGGAGAAAGAAUCCAGAGCUGAGAUCCAGAACCCAGAGGACUACAAAGAAAUCUUUCAGCCCAAAAAUGCAAUAUCAAGGACACCCCCACGGAAUAGUGAACCUUUCCCAGCUCCCCCCGAGGAUGAUAUAAGUAUUGUAAAGGAAGCAGUAGCACCCACCCCUGAUGUAGUGACCCCUGCAACCAGCAACAAAAAAAAUACUGAACAGCUGCAACGUCCCCCAGUAGCUGCUUCUACGCCCAUUGUAUGUCAGGAGCCUAGUCCUGUUCCAGCACCACAAAGCAAACCUCCAGUGAUAUCUGCUGCAAGGAACGAGCCCAUUGGACUUAAAGCAGCUGAUUUUCUGCCAGCUGUCAAGAGUUCAUCUCCGACUGAAGUGGUGGAUGAUGAGGCAGUGUCCCAGAUUCGAAAGGGACACGACACAAUGUGCAUGGUGUUAACAAGUCGAAUGCGUAACCUGGAUACUGUGAGAGCCGUCUGGAGUUCAGGAGACAUCAAGACAUCUAUAGAUUCUGCUGUGGCCAUUAAUGAUCUCUCUGUUGUUGUGGAUCUUCUAAAUAUCAUUAACCAGAAAGCGUCUCUGUGGAAGCUGGAUCUUUGUAUGACUGUUCUACCUCAGAUUGAAAAGAUGUUACAGAGCAAGUAUGAGAGUUAUGUACAGACUGGCUGCAUCUCACUUAAAUUGAUCCUACAGAGGUUUCUCCCAUUAAUCACUGACAUCCUGGCUGCACCUCCAUCUGUUGGUGUGGACAUAUCUCGCGAGGAAAGGCUUUCCAAGUGCAAAUUAUGUUACAAGCAGCUGCGCAUUCUGAGUCCGCUUGUGAAAAGCAAGGCUUCACAGAGUGGCCGCUAUGGAAGUGCCUUCAGAGAACUACACUUGCUCAUGUCUGGGCUGGAGUAACCUACAAACUAAAAUCCUUACAAUGCCACCGAGCAGCAAUAUCUGCUUUAAUAGUGCACCUUUUUUUCUGCCUCCUAAAGGUGCCAUCUGCAGUGGAUGUGCUUGUGUAGACUAGGGAAUUCAGAGUCCUACACUGUGGAUUUUGUACCUGGCAGGUUUAUAAGUGAAAUGCAUUCCUAUCUGCUCACUGCUUGGAAUAGCUAUGGCCAUAUGGUCCGAAAGACAUGAAAAUGCUGCCGGCUUGUUAUUGCUCAAGUACCAGGCAUAGAGCACGAUUCUCUAUACUGCAAAUUAUUAUUUUAACAUUCCCAGGUAAUGAAAUGAAAGCAGCAGUCAUGAGUAAGUGUGAGUGCAGCUACACUGCUUGAUAUUGCUAUAGAGCCAAAGCACUGCAUACACGCCAAGCACCAAUAAAUAUUCUCUAAAGGACACUGAGACCCUGGAACAAGCUCUGCUUCCUGUCUGAUUUUUAAGGUUUCAUGUGGCCUAAUAUGAUAAGUAGCAAAAACUGUGAGCUGGACUCAGAAUAAUCUUUGUGCCUGGGUGCCAAACCCCUCUCCUUUCAGCAAAUCUUUUUAUAAAAAACCCAAGGCCAGGCACUGAAAGCUGGGGGGGGGCACUAUGUCUGCUCUGUAUGUUGUAAACUUGUUACUAUGUAAUUUAUAGUUCAGUUUAAUUAAAACAAGUGUCAUUUUUA